CACCUCCAGCUUCCUCGUUAUGCCCUUGAAGACGUACAACAUUGACUUGCUGUCCUUUCCUGUUAUUCAAGCAGAGCCCUUGACUAUCGAAGCAUUUAGGCCUUUUGGCUCCAUCAUUUCGCCUGACGAAGAGCUAGUGAGGUCCCACAACGACAAAGGCGUCUUUGAGCAGGCAAACUAUGGCACUGCUAUUAAAUUCAAACAGGUAUCUCAAAUCCAGAACUUGUUUCCUCAAAGCAGCUCCAGAAAAAAAGAGUCCCUCAAUUGGAACAUCUUCAGAUGUUUCCCUCAAAACCACUUGAUGCAAUAUGAUCUGUUAAGCUCCACCUUUACCUACUUGACAAAGGUUUUAGAAAGACAUCCUUACAGUUCUCAGACAUUUCUACCAAUGGGGAGAUCAACUUCAAUAGAAUACGGUUACGUUGUAGUUGUUGCUCAAGAUCUCGAUAAUGACCAAGAUGAUACAAAACUACCUGAUUUGAAUUCAAUCAAGGUCUUUAUUUGCAAAAAUAACCAGGCUGUUACUUACAACUCAAACACAUGGCAUGCUCCAAUGAUAGCCCUAUCAAACCUAAACAACACCUAUUUAAACCAAUCGGAUCAUAUCGAUUUUGCUGUUUUAAUUCAUGAAAAUGGCAUUCCAAAUGACGAUUGUCAAGAAGUUUAUUUCGAGUCUGGUUUUAAAAUAUCUUUUAAAAAUUUCAUCAAAUGAAAGCACUACCAUAUAUAUAUAUAUAUAUAUAUAUAUAUUAUAGCAAUUAUAUAAAUACUCAAAUAAUC